UGUAAUGUAAUUGACAAUUGUAAAAUAAAUUUAAAUUCGUUGUUGCUCAUGGAAGUGUCCGCUGUUUGCUAAUUCCUUAAUUCCUUUCGAUAUCCAACUGAUAAUGAAACGACCUUGAAUUAAAGUACACUAUCUAUCUCAGUACUUCCACACUAUAUUCAACAAGUGUUUGUUUUGUUUGUUCACUCAGACUGUUUAUCUAGAUUCUAGACACGAAAGUACAAGAAAAGAUUGGUAACAGAUUGAGGUACAGUUUUAUUUAUCGCUACUUUAGUUUAAAUUGGAGAUGAAUCAUUUAUCUACGACUGCGAUGUCGCUAGAGUGUUAUAAUAUCUCUGAUAGAAUCUCCAAUCAUCAUGAAUGUUUUAAAAUGGGACCAAUUGACCUAUGAACUUUGAUCAAUUUGUAGUUAUAUAAUAUAAGAAAUGGAUGACAUUCCUGAAGAAGCCAGAUCAGUAGUAGAAAUAAGUGAUGGACCAAUAUGUGGAUACAUAGAUAAACAAAAUGGUGGAAUUCAGUACAAAUAUAAAAGUAUUCCAUAUGCUAAGCCUCCUGUUGAUAAUCUACGAUUUAUGCCACCUAUUCCACCAAGACCAUGGACAAACCUACGAGAUUGCACAAAAGAUGCUUCACCGCCACUGUGCCUCAGUGUGGAUGACGAAAUCCAUGGAUCUGAGGACUGUCUGUACAUAGAAGUGCACACACCAAAUAUAAAACCUGAUAAAUUGAUGCCUGUUAUGUUUUGGAUUGGAAGUUACAACUAUUUGUUUUAUAUAGACAACAUCUGUGACCCAACACUCAUAGUAGAACAAGGCAUCGUUUUGGUGCGAUGCGGCUUCAGGUUGGGACCGUUUGGAUUCUUGUCGAUCAACGACAUCACAGCGCCUGGAAAUGUUGGCCUAAAAGAUAUAGUUAUGGCUUUAAAAUGGAUUCAAAGAAAUAUUCCAAUAUUUGGAGGUGACCCCACGAAUGUUACGCUCUUCGGGGGUGGAACCGGGGGUUCCGCUGUACACUUUAUGAUGUUAUCUCCCAUGGCCACGGGACUGUUUCACAAGGCUGUAAUGCAAAGUUCCUCCGCCCUCAACAGGUGGGCGUUGGCGAAAAAUCCCAUUCAAGACGUCCUCCAAUUCGCCAAACAAUUAGGUAUAACCAAAACCAGUAAAUAUGAUAUAGUAGAGGAAUUACGUUUAAUACCAGCUUUAGAUAUGAUGAAAGCGUAUAUGCAACUAUUAGAUUCCCAAUUCCAAUGCACCAAUGGUGAUGUUUUCGACUCGAGGUUCAAACCCUGUGUCGAGGAAGAGUUCGAAGGGCAACCUGUAUUCCUCAACAGAAGCCCUGCGGUGCUCAUCAAAUCGGGGAACUUUAACAAGGUGCCUUUUAUAAUCGGUAGCAAUAACAUCGAAGCUUCCGUCCUACAAUAUAUAAAGAAUGAUUUCUACGCCGAUUUCGAGAAGUACAAUAAAGAUGUGGCGCUGCUCGUACCGAGGUCGCUCGAUUUCGACGAACGUUCGUCAAAAAACAUCGGUCGCCAGCUAAUGAACUUUUAUUUUAGAGAAACGCAGACUAUGAAUGAGCACACGCGUACGCAGUAUUUGCAGUUAUUAAGUGACUAUUACUUCCUGUACUACGUCAAUAAAACUGUGCAACUUCACAGUCAGUUUACUGCAGAAUGUCCUAUCUAUUACUACAUUUUGAAUUAUGCCGGCGAAUGGAAUGUCCCUAAACAACUGGACUUCUUGAAUUCUAUUGGGCAUUCAGCUGAAGUGGCGUUUUUGUUUCGCAUAAAACCGCCGGAUUUACCACAAUGUGAAGGGAGUCGGGAUUCCGUUAAUACCAGAAAUAGAGUUAUCAAAAUGUGGACAAACUUUGCUAAAUACGGGAAUCCAACGCCAGAUGAAACCGAUACGCUACUCCAAAUAAAAUGGGACCCGGUCCAAGAUGAGAAAGCUUUGAAUUAUCUAAGCAUAGGUUCAGAACUAACGAAAGGAACAAAUCCCUUCUACGAGAGAAUGGAAUUUUGGGAGAAACUGCACGAAGAACACAUGUUCCUUAGAGCUUUAGUGCAUUUUAACGACAUCGGAGUGCAGUGGUAGAAUUUAAAAUUUUUGCAUUUUGAGUUUUGGUU